AUGUCUCUGCCCGCAGGUCCGCCCAUCUUGGAUUUCUCUCCAUUCUAUGGAAAGGAUAGCGAUGCGAAAACCAAGUUGAUCGAAGAGAUUCGCAAAUGUUGCCAUUACAACGGCUUUUUCCAGAUCACCGGCCACCGCGUCCCGCUGGACUUGCAGCGCCGCGUCAUGGAUUGCUCUAGGCGCUUCUUCGAUCUCCCGCUGGAAGAGAAAUUGAAAGUUGACAAGAACCUCAAUACAUUCAACAGAGGCUACGAACUCCUCCGAUCGCAAAUGUUAGAAGUGGGCACCGGCCCCGAGCUGAAAGAGGGCUUGUACAUUGGCGAGGAAAUACCCGAAGACCACCCUUACUAUUUGGAGAAGAAGUUGAACAGUGGCCCCAACCAAUGGCCACCUACAGUUCCCAACAAGGAGGAAUUCCAGGAAACAACUAUGGAAUACUACCACGCUACAUUCGAUCUUGCAAAGGAUGUUUUGGGAGUCCUGGCUCAAACAUUGGGUGUUGAAUCAACCUUCUUUGAUUCUCUCACAGACGGAGCUGUCGCAACAAUGCGAUACCUACACUAUCCGGCGCAGCCGCAGGAUACCGAUGAGAAAUUGAACCGGGGAAUUGGAGCACAUACUGACUUUGGAUGCAUCACUCUCCUUCUGCAGGACGAGGUCGAUGGGCUGCAAGUACUAGAUGCUCCAUCGGGACAAUGGUUGGAUGUCAAACCCGUUCCCGGAGCCUAUGUGGUGAAUUUGGGUAACCUCUUCAUGCGCAUGGCGAACGACAAAUAUAAAUCUAACACCCAUCGUGUGAUCAACAAAUCCGGCCGAGAGAGAUACUCGAUUCCGUUCUUCUUCAGUGGAAACCCGGAUUACAUCUGCGAGUGCUUGCCUAACUGUCGUGCAGAGGGUGAACCUGCCAAAUACGGUCCUAUUACUGUGCAGGAUAUGGUUACGGCGUCUUACAAGGAGAGCUACGGCCGCGCUGAGGCAUUCAAGAAGGAUUUGGAUGCAAAGAAGGCUGACGUUAUUCCGGCUGUCGCUGCGGUCGGUGCUUAG